CCAUGGUUACUGUUGUGGAGUUGUGGCAGGAAAACAGUUGCAGUGUUACCAAGCUGCUGCCAUUAUCACCAAUAUAGAUGAUCCAUACUCCACAAAGCACACGUUCCAUCUACAAAAAGGCAUGGAUAAAGACCUAAAAAAUGAAAAGACAUCUCAAGAGUGGAAGACUGAGCAAGAUAAGCAUCCUUCCCUGAGACACCAGUGGGACUCAGUGGCGUCGGACACAGAGAGCCUGGCCCAGGAGAGAGCCUACCAGCAGCAGCUACACAUGCAUAUGAUCCGCCACAACCAAAACAAAUACACACUGCCUCAAAAGCAAAAUGCAGACAGCUCACAGCAGGGAUAUCAAGAGGAUGAAGAUGCAAGUGAUGAUGAAGCUGAAGGUGUUCAAGUCGUUGAUAGUCUUAAUGUAGCAGAACACCACCAUGCCGAAAGGAGCCCUGCCCUGACACAGACUGAGUAUUUGGACACGCAAACGAAUGAAAAAGAAGGAACUAGCCAGCGGUUCACCCAGGAUUCCUAUUCCGACCUACGCUAUGACCCUAACUGGAGGACCAACCUGAGGGGAGCCAGCCGCUUCGAUGACAGUUCACAUAUUUCUUUUGAGGAAUAUCAUCAAGCCCCUAAAGAGAAAUCCAGUCAGUCAUGUGGUGACAGACAGGGACUUGUAAUUAAAGGAGGAUACAGAUACAUCAACUCAUGUCAAGCUGUUGCAGUGAUUCUUCAAAUGGCUGGUGAUGAGUCUGAGCCAUACUGCCUACACCCACAAAACGGUCAGACUGGCUCAGUUACAACUCCCCACCAUAACAACCAUGACCUGGAACCUCCAUCACCUGAGGCUGACCAUUCAAAGCCACCCUGUGGCAAAGAUGUACUGAAAGGAUUCAGAAGGACAAGUGUAAAUAGUUGUGACAAUGCAGGGGAAAAUAGGAGACGGUCUACUGAGCGCAGCGAGGAUGCUACGUAUAUCCAAAGUAAGUCCUACUUCCUGCAGGAACUGAAAAGCAGACAAGGAGGAACAACUCAAAUACAGCAAAUGAGCACUUCCAAAUACCACAAGGCUUCAUUGAACAAAAAGCUAGAAAGUCUUGCAGAGGACAUUGUGGAACGCAACAAAGUGACCCUGGGGUGCAAUCCCUCCAAACGUGGCUCCUAUGUGAGUGUUUAUGCACUGAAGCAGGAGAUGCCUCAUAAAGUCAAUAAGUUCACCCGGAUCAGUGAAGAAAAGAAAACCCAGUGGAAAGAAUACCCCAACUGCCCUCAGCAGCAGCAGCAGCAGCAGCAGCUCCCACCUUCCCCGGGGGUCAAGGCUGAGUGGGGAGACUGUCUGAGCUCCGCAUUUGCAACACCAGCCGCUGAAACUCAGACAAAUCCUCUGAGGACAUCUUCCCCACAUCUUCUGCUGCCCAGCAUCCACCGCAACAUUAACCUCAACACUUCCCAUCUCUGUGCUUUCAUCCAGCGGAGGGGCCAGGAUGACAUCAUCAAUUUAACAUCUCCUCACUGGAGCCCCCCAUCUGAAGUUGAACUUGCCUUUUUCCCUGGAUGUCGACAAACUAAUCACCAGCGAAACCUUAAGAGCAGCCCUGAACAAUGGCAAAGGACAACUGCACUCAAGUGGCCACUAUCCUGUGAAGGGGAGCAGAAGAAGGCUCCAACUGAGGUCCACACUAACCUUCCCAGGACCCCCAGCACCACUUUGUCCCUGGGCUCGGGCUCAGGCCUCACAGUUCUGCCCCCUAUAAGAGAGUCAGAGGCAGGAAGAGAGUCUGAGCCGAGCCCUGGGAACACAGAGUCCCCCUUCCACACUGACGGAUACCUACUGCAGCUGGAUAGACAGAAGCAGCUCAGGACCAGAGCCACAUACAAGGCAUACAGUCUCAAAGACUACAAGCAGCUGAAGUCAGAUGUAAAUCUGCGGGGCCUGGGCCCUGACUACAAAGCAGUUGAACAGACAGCUGAGAAAAUGAAACGACAGAAGCUGUAUUCAAAUGUGAUCCGCGAGCAGAACAAAAACACAAGUAGGAUCCCCUUUCUACUGGCCAAGGACCCGGAAGGCAGCGACAAGAAAGUUCCCAGGAUGAAGGCAUUGGAAUAUGCCAAGACAAUAGCCAAACCUGUUCCGUCUCAGCCCAAACAGAGAGAGCAGCAGUCCGAAGGCUCCACUGAGCGCGCUCCGUACCCGCAGCUGGCCACACUGGAAGUCCUUCGAAAGCGGCAUGAAGAAGAAAAGCAGGCUGUGGCCCUCUUCAGAAGAGUUCAUGCUAUCUGAAGCAAGGUGCAUUCCAAAUAAACAGGAGGCCCUGCUGCCACUGAUAUAUGAUAGAUGAGACACCUUUUUCAAAAUAUUUAUCAAAAGAUAGAUAAAUAUCAUUUCUGAAAAGAUUGGCUGCCUUAGUUUUUACAUUUUACAGAGCUUACAUUUUGGAAGUCAAUGUAGCCAUUUGUAACCAUUUUUGGAACUAGGCAAAGACAAAGCACAACAUAGAAUCAACUACUGACACCUUAAGUUCUAGAAGUGUUCUCUAUAAAAAGGAAGGAGCCGUUUAUUUGGAACUGUGUCUACUGACUGUCAGAGGAGCUGCAGUGUAAAGCACUCUGAUAUUACCUCUCUCCAGCGUAGUAAUGUGUACAGUUAAAGUUCGGUUCAGCCUGGGGACUGUUGCAUGGUGACACGUUAUUCAUGGUAGAGCAGAUUACUCUUUAAUGACAUUUCCCUGACAGUGACACAGUCACAGGGAGGACUUAAAAUGGCGAUGCUUUGUUGCAAAAUGCUAAAUAAAACCUAUCUUUAUAUUAUUUUCUUUGUACCAAAACAUGUGUAGCACCCGGGACACAUACUGUAUGUUCCAGUUACGGCAGUCUCUGCAACCCGUGGUGGUUGAAACAGUUGAUAUUUUAUAAAGCUGCACGUCAAUGAUAAUACAUUUUUGGCACUCAUUAUAUUUAUCAAAUACCCCCAAAGAGCAGCAGUGCACAAAUAAAUGUUCAUACUAUGGGAUGAACACUGUCUGACAUAUACAACCUGCUACAGUUCUUCUUCAGUGUGCUGAGACGAUUGAAUAU